AUGGAAAAUAUGAAUAUGGCGUUGGUUUCAUCUUCUUCCCCGCCCCCAAAGUUUUAUCUCUUAGGACACACAAAUAAUCCUAUUUAUACUCUGAAAACCCCCACCGAAAUCUUAACUUUUCCGACACCCAAUAGUGCCCCUCGUCGUUCCAGAGUCUCCUGCUCCGCCCACCCUACUCGUCCACGACGUCUCUCCCAAAUUGUUUUCGGAAAAUCUGGAGAUGAAAGGUUUGCCAGCAUUUCUUCUUCAAGUAAUCAACAAACUUCUUCCGUUGGAGUCAACCCUUAUCCAACUGUGCCACCGCCGUCCUCUCAAAUAGGGUCGCCGCUUUUCUGGAUUGGAGUAGGUGUUGGGCUCUCAGCACUUUUUACAUGGGUAUCUUCGAGCUUAAAGAAACAUGCAAUGCAGCAAGCUUUCAAAACCAUGAUGGGCCAGAUGAACACUCAAAAUAACCAAUUUGGCAAUGCUGCUUUUCCUUCGGGAUCCCCAUUUCCUUUCCCAACACCCCCGUCACAAGGGCCUGUCACAUCCCCUUCUCCAGCUCCCCCUCAAAACAGAGUUACAAUUGAUGUACCUGCAACGAAAGUCGAAGCAGCCCCUGUGACUGAUCCAGCAACCAAAGGAAAAAGUGAAACAGAAACUGCAAAAUCAAAGAAAUAUGCUUUUGUGGAUGUUUCUCCAGAAGAAAGUGUGUCGAAGAGUGCUUUUGAAGAUGUGGCAGAGCUAAGUUCAUCAGAUAAUGCUCGGAUCCACAAGGAUGUUUCUGAUAAUGGAGCUGCAUCAAAGCAGGACGCCGGUGCUUUUGGCAGUUAUCAGUCAGCUGGAAAAGCAGGUACUGGCUUAUCUGUGGAUGCUUUGGAGAAAAUGAUGGAUGAUCCAACAGUGCAGCAGAUGGUUUAUCCGUAUUUGCCUGAGGAAAUGAGGAACCCCGAGACAUUUAAAUGGAUGCUACAAAAUCCUCAAUACCGCCAACAACUACAAGACAUGCUAAAUAAUAUGGGUGGAAGUUCUGAAUGGGACAAUAGGAUGAUGGAUUCCUUGAAAAAUUUUGAUCUCAACAGUCCUGAGGUAAAGCAGCAAUUCGACCAGAUUGGGCUUACACCUGAAGAAGUGAUAUCCAAAAUAAUGGCCAAUCCUGAAGUUGCCAUGGCAUUCCAAAACCCAAGAGUUCAAGCAGCUAUCAUGGAUUGUUCACAAAAUCCACUGAGCAUUGCAAAAUACCAAAAUGACAAGGAGGUUAUGGAUGUAUUCAACAAAAUAUCAGAACUCUUUCCCGGCGUGACUGGAUCACCUUGAUUUGGUUGUUGUCUGAAGUUCACUGUUUUCAGAGCACAAUGUUCUCGUUUCAUGUCAGAUGGUUGAGGUGAUCGGUUAUUGGAGUAUCGAAAUCCAUGACCGAGUACAGAUCUUACAUCAAUUGUUCGGAGUUUUUCUUUUUUGGUUUUAGAAUGAACGAUGCCAACGGGCCGCCGUAUACCAAAUAUUAACCCAUUACUGUAAUCUAAGAGGCUUGAUUAGCUGUAAUUGGAAUCGGAAGCUUAUUUUCAGAACUUGGUUUAUACAGAAAAUAAUUGUAAAUGGUUGUCCGUAAAUGAAGUUGGUUUCACAA